AUGCCGCUGAAUCACGUCUUUAGGACAGAUAACGGGUGCAGCCGAAACAUCGCGGUUCAUUCCUUUUAACAGCUGUACCUCUCCCCGCCUGGCGUCGCAGCGCUUGACGCAUACGCCGUGCAUGUCUUUCAUUCCCGGGGGAGAAAAAGAACGAGAGAGAGAAACAAUCUCCAUAGCGAUCUAACCUGACGACCAUGAUGGUGAUGUUGCAUCGGUGUGGAAUUAUCCCGGUGUCUCACUGCGAUGGAGCCGACCGCGCUCAAGUGGAGCUAGCUAGCUAGCUAGCUGGUUAACGGUUCCCACCGGGAUUCAUCCACAGCCCCCCUGGAUAACGUCGCCUAAAUGGGUCUGAUUGCAGUUUUAACGCCCGGGGGUUGUUGAAAAUUAAUCAACCAUUUGGCAAAAAGGACUCACCAUGUCUGCAAGGAAAAAGGCUUACUUAUUACUGUAGGUUUGCUGCUCAUCUGGCUGGAACAUUUUAGCUUUUGCUACAUCUUUAGUGAUCCUUGGAUGCGUCCGUGACAAUAAUAAGACGGUGUGGAUCACGAUGGCCCAGCUCAUGGACGAGGCCAGCAAACUGAGCUGGAUUCUUCUCAAGUCUGUGCUCCGUUUCGUGUUUAUGUUCCUCAACAACUGUGUAGCCAUCCCGUCCUACUGCCUGUACCUGCUCAUUCUGCAGCCUCUGAGAAUAUGGCACAGCUCCACUUUCUGGCACCUUGAAGGAGUCAUGUUUAAAUGGCUGCUGGCCAUGGUGUCGUCGUGGGGUUGGAUCGCAGGUUACACAGUAACGGAGUGGGGUGAUGAUGUGCGGCCCAUCUCUGAAGAGGAAGCCAUGGUCAUCGUCAACCAUCAAUCCACGGGAGAUGUGUGCACGCUCAUGAUGUGCCUGCAAGACAAGGGCACGGUGGUACGAAAAAUGAUGUGGUUGAUGGACCAUGUGUUCAAAUACACAAACUUUGGCCUAGUGUCCCUCAUCCAUGGGGACUUUUUCAUCAGACAGGGUAAAGCUCACAGAGACAAGCAGCUGGUCUACCUGAAGGAUCAUUUAGACAAAUACUACCACAGCCGUGACAGGAAGUGGAUAGUGCUGUUUCCCGAGGGAGGCUUCCUGCGCAAGCGGAGGGAAACCAGCCAAACGUUUGCCAAAAAGAACUCGCUACCCCACCUGACCCACGUCACGCUGCCACGUCUUGGUGCCACCCACGUCAUCCUGAAAACACUGUCAGCGCAGCAUGAGAACGGCAGCGUGGGCAACGAGAGCGGGACCCCGAACCAAACAGCCAAAAAGCGUAAAGGCCUGCAGUGGGUGAUAGAUGUGACCAUAGCUUAUCCCAAAGCACGGCCCAUGGACAUCCAGACGUGGAUUUUUGGAUACAGGCCGCCAACCGUCACACAUGUUCACUACAGGAUGUACCCGAUUAAAGAGGUUCCUGUAGAGGAGGAAGCGCUGACGGACUGGCUGUAUCAGAGGUUUGUGGAGAAAGAGGAGUUGCUGGCCCACUUCUACGAAACAGGAGCGUUCCCGCCUCAGGAUGGACAGAAGCGAGCGUUCUCCCGGCAAAUGACCCUGGACCCCGUGUGGCUGUGCGUCAUCCAGUCCUUUGCGUUCGUCUCCGGCUACGUGUGGUACAGCGUCCUGCAGCACCUCUACUGCUGUGUGUUUUGAGUACGCCGACGAGGCGAGCAGGAAGCGCCUCGGGAUCAGAUCAGCCCCUAUCCCCCAAACCCUUCCCCUUUCGCGAUGGAUGAAUGUACAUUUGCGGCAAGACUUAAAGCCUGACGGAGAGAAAAAGAAAAGAAAGAAACACAUAUAUGAAUUACAGCCCUCACACAUCACAGCUGUCAUGUUGAUGUUUACACAUACACACAGUCAUACAUUUAAAGACUAGAGGCUCAGGACUCCUCCAGACAAUUCCGUCGUUGUUUAAUGUGUGUGUGUCUGACUACAAGACAGUAGUCCACCCUUAGUCCGCCCUGUUUCAUGACGCCCACUGGACUUCUCUCGGCGGACGAUAGACGCUGUGCUCCCCCUCCCUUGGCCCACAUUGCACUAAGGAUCCAAACUGCUCCCUAUCCCAGGAUAUAUUCCUGAACGGUAGCUGCCUAGAAGAGUAUAUGAUUUGACGACGACAGCCAGCACAUUUUUUUCUUUUUUUUUUUUUUUUUUUUUUUGUCGUCGUUUUUGAGCUGAUGUGUGGCGAUGAUGUUUACACAGGCAGCCUUGCUCGACAGCGUCAAACUGGAAGGGAUGAACGAGAUGAGACAAUAUGGAUAUGCAGUGUGCUCACAUACACGCUUGCACACAAACGUGCAGACUGAGAGCCCCCCACCCCCAGCAUAGUUUUACACUGAUUUAAGCCAUAUAUGUUGUCCACAAACACAAGGGACCAUAUUUAGCAUUGGAAAAAAUAAGGCAAUUGGGUUUAAGAAGUGUUGGUAUCAGUGUGUGGGAGCAGCCCCCCCCUUUCUUUUUAUUAUUCCACCCGUUUUCCACUCCCUGAUUUAAUAUGCUUCAUGUGAUGUUACUGUGUACAAAUUUUAUUUGAAAUGACACAAAUCCUCUGUACAUAACAUGCCUCGUAAUGGAAGCAACAUUUCUCAAUGUCUGUGAAUAACCCUGCCUCUCCACCUUUUUUUUCUCCCCCCCAACCCCCCCCCCCCCCCCCUCCCAGACGAUUAUUUCUCUAAGUACGGUGUUGUUGUCUUUUUCUGUUCCUGAACAGGAAGUUUUUACUACACAGCCACGAGAGCCAGUGUGAACCUUCAGUUGUUCUAAGCCUUAGCCGAUAUACUAGAAGACCACAUUCCCAUAUCAUGCAGUUAUCCUGGUAUUCCCAGUGUCCAAAUCCUAAGAGUUAGGAUGAAUGGUUCAAAAGUGGUCGAGCUGAAGACAAGGGGGUCAAACUUCUGCUGUUUUAUUUUGUUUGGGUUGACUUUUUAUUUGGAAAAUCAUAAUUAUUAUUAUUAGAAGUUCAGCAGUGGUUAUUAUUCUUAUGAAAGAAAUGCCUUUUUUCAAAUGAAUUAUUGUGGUUGCUGGCCUCCAUUCUGUGUCACUGUCGGGAGAAACUGUGUGAAAUACCAAAAAAAAAGGACAAAAGGAAAAAAAAGAAUCGCUACCUAACUUAGCUGGUAAAAACAUUUUUGAAAUGUUAAGUGUGUCAUUAACUGGCCCUUUUCAGAUGUUUUUUUUUUUAAACAGUGUGUUUCCAAAGAAGGGAGGGAAGGGAUGUUUUCCUAGAUGUGGUUUUAGGAAAUAAACACAAUAGGAAUUAAAACAAAUGAUCUAGAACUGUCUGUAAUUUUCCCAUUUUGUACUUCUCCUUUAAAUUCCUAGUUACACAGCCAUUUUACAACACAAAAAACUUGUGCUGGAAUAAAACAUCAAAUAUCCUAAACUCCUUGAUUUGG